AUGCGAAUUUCUGCGGAUGCUCAGGAGACUAGUUUGGUAUUCUGGAUGUCUUCUACGAGCACGGGUACGUUUGGAAGGAGUGAGCUGCAGGAUUUGACCGAGUGUCCUAUAUGUUGCCUUCGUUACGACCGGCCUCUCCAACUUACUUGUGGGCAUUCAUUCUGUGGGAAUUGCGUGGAUAGACUGAUAGCUGACGCUCGCAAUGCUGGUCCCAGAAACGACAAUUUCUUGGAAGGCAUCCGCCGUAUACCCCUUCCUAAUCUGGAUCGAGGAGAGGAUCCACUGAAUUUUAUUCAAAAUCGUAUAGAAGAAGAUAUAUGGGUGCAACCUCCUCGCCCUCCACCGCCAUUACAUUACGGUUUAGGAGGCAUACCGCCGAGACAUGGGGGAUUUCGUAAUUACUUAUACGAUGAGCCACCUCCAUUUCCUUUUCGUGGUAUUGGAGCCAAUACCGAGCUGGUUAUCAAGUGUCCAGAAUGUCGUCAGCUUACAAAAGUACCUCCUGAAGGUCUCUCAGUAAACUAUCGCUUGCAAGAACUAGUGGCGCGUGUCUCUGAAACAGCAGCACAGAGCAAUAACAUAGACAACAAUGAGAACGAUGAAAGCCAUCUUCCGAAAUGCUUGGUUUGCGACGAAGUCAUUUCAAAGGGAGUCUAUUUGUCGUGCCGCACAUGCGCUGCAGAAGCUGAAGCUAUGCGUCAAUUAUGUUCUAUGUGUUGCCUCAGAAAUCACAACGGUCAUGACAUCGAGGAAAAGCGCUUUCUCACCAUGGGUGAUAUUGAAGUUGGUAAGGAAUCUGUCUCCGAAGCAGCCGGUCGUGGAUAUCAGGCCGUUGAUCAAGCGACGCAUGAUCUAGACGCGUGCGCAGCUAGUGCUAAAGACUUUUUUCAGGAGAGUUGUCACAACGUCCUUCGUACUUUUGAACUCAUUGCUAGUAAUAUGCAGUUUGAAGUCCUUUCCUGUCAUGAUGAGCUCGAGCAAAAAGUCUCUAUAGCCCAGGAAAUUUCUGCUAAGUUAGAGCAGCUACCAGACAUUGUAAAAGGCGUGCUCGAUGAGUUCCGGAAGAAUCUUGAUGCAGCCAUGAAUCUUUUUGUAAGCUCAACACUGAUUUAUGAUGGUCUGCGCGCAGGCACUCUCAGUUUGGAAAGCAUGAAUAAGAACCAAGAAUUAGACGGGAAUUCCUGUGAUACCUCUCCCGACCAAAUACUAGCUAACGCAUCUAUGGAUUCUGAGAGAAGAAGCGGAUGCCGCUCUAAUUCUCGUGAUGUUGUGCGAGAUUUCCCAAGGUCUUUUCCGCCACUUGACAGAAGGAAAACACGACAGCUUCGUAUGAUGCAACAGCAAUGCAGUGCCUUGCGUCGACAAAGACUGCAGGAACGUUUGAAUCGAGACUCGUACGGUGCUCAGCUGUAUAAUCUAGGUGCUACACGUCAGCGUCAUGAGCGUCUCCGCGAUGAGCUUCGCAACGAUCUCUUUGACACUGAUGACCGCAGUUCUCGUGAUCAUGCAGAAUCAUGCAGAAGGCACCGUGGAGCCCAUCCUAAUAACGGGCUGCCCAUUACGGAAAAUUCUCCUGGGGCUUGCUCGAGUCGGAUGCAAGCACAAGAUGAGAGAGGACGAAGCAAUAGCGUGGAAAUAAUUCCAUCUACUCCACCUGCUGUAGCUGAUUUGGAACAACGCGCGGGAAGACUAAUUAUAACACCUGAGCGUCGCCUUCUCAAGACAGAAGCUGGAGCCGAAGAAGACGGUGGUGAAAAUGGAAUUGGAUGUAGUAAGAUCAGUAGCAAACGGAGACGUGGGGUAGACCCAGUCCCUGCCGGAACCAACUUAAGCGUAGAUCCGAACAGUGCCGCCUAUGUUGAAGCCACGGUUGAACAAGAACCCUGCUUAAGACGCACUGCGAAAAGAAAAAUCAGAACCUCGAGCAUACCACAGUUUGCACAUCAUUCUAACGACAUGUCUGGGCCUUCAUUCCUUGCGCACGUUGCUGAGGACGCAUCAGUUGGCGAUGGUGUUGAUUCUAGUCAUGGAGAAGCCUCCAGUGAUAUAAACUUUGAAGAUCUGAAUUUCCUUGAAUGA